GCUAUUUCUCUCUGCCAAACUCAUUUGUCUUUUUCUUCCUCUUCUUGUACCCCCAUCACAAACCCUAAAAACCUAGAUCUAUACAUUCCUGCGCUUUAAACCUUCUCACAAUCUCUCUACGAAAUGGAAGACAAAAUGAUCACAAAACCCCUAAAAACCUGAAUUUAUACAUUCCUGCGCUUUAAAUUUCUUACAAUCUCUCUACGAAGUCCAAGACAAAAUGAUCGCAAAACCCCUAAAAACCUAAAUCUAUACAUUCGUGCGCUUUAAAUCUUCUCGCUAUCGCUUUACAAAGUCGAAAAUAAAAAGGUACUUUACUUUCGUUUUGAUCUUUUAAACCAAAGUUCCCGAAAUCUUAUGUUUUUACGAGUUUUUGAUUUGAAAAUUUUAUCAGCUACAUUGGUGUUAUAUUCUUACAGAAAUCGAAUUCAUGGAUAGUGUUACUUUGUUUGAUAUAAGUAUGGGAGAAUCGGCAGUACUAAGUAAAGUUCGUAUUGAUUUUAGUCGUAAACUUCUAGAUAGAUAGUUAUUAUGGAGUUUGGGGCAACCGUCGUAUUAUAGCUAGGCGGUUUGAAACUCCCGAAGAUGCUGCAGAACAAGCUUUUGUAGGGGUAGAUUGCCGCCACGUUUUAGGUUAUCUUGGAGAAUUUAGGCUUUCAGGAAUAUUCAAGGGUGUCCAUAACCCAUUGUUUCAUAUUUUUGAAUCUUAUAUAUGCACGCUGAGGGAACUCUUGAGUGGAAAAUAUGAAGGGAAAGGGGCUGAUGGAACGAAGGAAAUGGAUGUACUGAGACUAUUUGAGAUGCUCAGAGAUGGUCGUAUAAAGAUAGAUUUCAUAGAAAUACUCAGAUAUAUCAUAUUAGCAUUGGAAGAAUUGAAACAUAUGGAUGGGGUUAAAUUCCACGGAAGCUUGUCAGUGGACACUGUCGGGAUACUCAUUACCAAAACCGGAAAAAUUCAUGUGAAGGUUUUUGGCGUCAGCUACAAGACACCAGGUCUAUCUGCACAAGAUGAUUUCGUCGCCUUAGGAAGCUUAAUCAAAGAAUGUUUCCAACUCUCCAACUUUCCUAUAGUAGAUCAUGUUGAAGCUCAUGACUUCACAGAGAGGUUGAACAUUGGAAAUGCUCUUCCUAUGCAUGCUGUUAGUUUAUGGACCCAUUAUGAGCAAAAUCCUUCUCAUUUACUGCGCCAUCCCCUCUUUUGGAGUGGUGCGAUGUGCUUGGAAUUUGUCAAGAGGCUAGGUGGCUUGCUGAUGUCGAUAGCAGGGCGAACCAAAGCUGCCACAUUUCGAAACACAUUCAGAACCGCCAUGGAUAUUCCUAUUAAUAAUUGGCAAGCAUCAGUCGAUUCCAAUACACAAACACAUAUUGGUAAGAAAACGUAUGGCACCUUCGAUUGUUUGUCAUCCACAGAUUUACUUAAGAUGAUGCGUCACAAGAGAAUUCAUUUUCUAGAGCUCCAAACAGUUGAUCAGUCCUUUUACGGGAUGCUACCUGAAGCAUUCUAUGAGCAUUUUAGAAGCGAUUAUCCUGAUUUGUUAAUGAGAGCUUACAAUGCAUUGGAGCAAUACAUAGCAUUGUUGCCUGACCUUCCUAAUGGAUACUUUGAUGACCUACUUCUCAGAUGAUGUGAGGGAGGUUCCUUGGACAGAUAAUGAUGGAGAUACCUUUUUUUUGGGGGAAGAAGUUUUUAAUGAAUGUAUUAAGAAGUCAAGAAACGCGAAUUGGAAUUAGAUAGAUAAAUUCUCUUUGUUCUUCUUUGGUGGAUUGGUUUUCUUUCGUCUAAAAUGGUUAUUGUGUAUAGUGAAGUAUGAUAUAUUAUAUCUCUUCUGAAGAAAGACUGAUACUUCGGAAAACAUCUUCUUUCCUUUUAUUACACACUACUUACAUUAUAUCACUGCUGCAUAGCUCAACACUUUCUUGUAUUCACGGAGAGUGCAUUGAAUGUGCAUGUCAUCUCAGUGAUCUUACAUUUACAAGUUCUUUGUUGCUAUUCAGACUGCAUAAGAUUGUCACACUCGAGAUAA